GCGGCGUGAUGGCGCCCCCCACUGUUCUGCGGAAGCUUGUUUUUUUGUUAGUUAUUUUCUUAGUUGUUUUGUUUUUGUGUUGGAUUUAAGUUGUAAUGCUUUGGUGGUCAAUUUGAAAAUUUACUAAGUGUUUCAGGCCGCGGCUCGCCUCCUCCAGUGAUCGGAGAGCGCUGGUGACCGCUGCCGUCGGACCGCGCCGCUGCCAUGGCGUGCUCAAGAGGCAGGCAGGGCUCGACGUCCAUCCGUAUCGUCUCGGAUAUGGCCGACAAGCCAAUCCGCGUGGACAACUGGGGCAACUUCCUGGCGCAGCGUAUCGAGGCGCUCUACGACAAACAGGAGCACUGUGACCUGACACUGCGCUUUCCUCACGCCGACCUCAAGGCACACAGUCUAAUUCUGCACGCCUGCACGCCGUUUUUCACCAAUCUUCUCAAGGGAAAGACGUCCGGGCCGAAGAUUUUGAAAAUGCCGCCCCAGAUCAGCUCUACUGCCAUGGGUAUCAUCCUCAAGUUCGUGUACACGGGCCGUCUGGAUGCGCCGUUCAGCGUGGACAUGCUGUACAGCACGGCCAAGCUGCUGAAGCUGCAGAUCCUGAUCCGGCUGCUGGAGGCGCAGAUGAGCAGCGCCGAGGCGUCCGUAUCGGCCGGCCUGAAGACGCGCCGCGGCCGUCCGCCGCUCGGCUAUCACCAGCCGCGCAGCCCUGGACAGAAAAGCCCCGGAUACCAGACCAACUCGCAGCUGGCUGCCAGCCGCAGAAUUAUCCGUGCGGCGGAGCCCCCCGAGGACGCGCGGCCCUCGCGGUUCGAGAUGCCGGAGUCGGACGAUCUGGGCGGACUGGGCCUGCCCGAUCCGACCCUGAUGCGGCCCAAGGUGGAGCCGCUGCCGGAGCCGGCCGGUAGCGGGGACGCCAUGUUCGAGUACCUACGCCAGACGCCGGUGAAGCGCCCGGUGGCUGCGCCGGCGGCGGACAGCGCGCCGCCCAAGCGGCCCAAAUUGGAGCCGGCCGAGCCUGCCGAGCAGACGGUGGACGACCCGCGGGAGGACGAGCGCGAGUACUACGAGCAGCAGCGGGAGCGGGCGCGGCUGGUGGAGGGCGGCGGCGCGCAGCCGGCCGAGCCGACCACGCCCAGCCGGCCGCGGCCCAUCCUCAAACAGGAGCCGACGCCGUCGACGGGCAGCGGCAAGAAGCGCGUCCAGUUCUCGGAGAGCUCUCAGCUGACGCUGACCGUGCAGGACAUGGGCGACACGUCCGAACUGGUCAGCCAGCUGCUCAAACAGCACCCGGAGCUGCUGCAGGGCGGCCAGAGCGUCAAGGUUCGUCUGGUGACGCAGACGGGACCCGGCUCCCCGACUCACACCGAGUUCAUGGUGGUGAAACAGCAGGAGCAGGACCAGGAGCAGGCCGCCGUCGCCAUCGAGCCAUCCGAGUCGCUGGAGACGCCGCUCUCCUGUUCGCUGUGCGCCCGGCGCGGCAAACAAGUCGACUUCUGGUGGGCCGACCAGAUGGCCAAACACUUCCAGGAGGAACAUAGUGACGAGUCGGUCAUCGACCUCAACACGCUCUCCUGCACGGCCUGCGUGCAGGCCGGCGAUCCCAUCGACUUCGCCACCGUCAUGGACUACUUCGCCCACCUGCGCGACGUGCACGACACGCGCGGCGUCCGCAGCGCCGGCUCCUGUCACCUGUGCGGCUUCUCGGCCACCAAAAAACUCCAGCUGAUCUACCACGAGUACACCAAGCACGGCAUCCCGCCGCCUCGCUUCAUCACCUUCCCAAAGUGUGACCGAUGCGAUUUCGAGGCCAUCAGCGACUCGGAGAUGGCGAGACAUCGCCAGCGGAGACACAAAAUCGGCAAGGAGUACAAGUGUAAGGAGUGCGGUGUUGUGUAUCAAAGCCUGAACUUGCUGGAGGGUCACAUGCGUACAAACGCUUGCCGUCAGGGAGUGGAACCCAAGCGCAAGUUCGACUGGAAGUGUGAGCUGUGCGGUAUGUCAUUCUCGCGCAGUUACAACCUGAAGGGGCACAUGCGCUCGGUUCACAAAGUGGUGUCCACGGUUGCGGACCGUCGCCGCAGCCAGCCGCCGGAUAAGCCGGACGCCGCCCUGCGACCGGAGGCGACUAUAUCGCUCCCUGCCUCCUUAGACCCGAGCUCUGAGGCAGAGAGCAUGUCGACAGUUGCCAACAGCGUGGCCACCUCUCUGAGUCUGGCCGUGGACGGCGAGUACAUGACGCUGCCGGCCGGUAUAGUGCCCGUCGAGGACGAGAACGGCGUGAUCUCGUACAUCGCGCUGCAGCCGGCCGAGGGCCACGGCGCCGGCGCCGGCACGGUGGUCUCAGACGGCACCGUGCUGGAGGUGACCGAGUACACGGUGCCGGUCACCGCCGUGAGCGGCGGAGGGGCGGCCAGCGUGGACGCCGGGUCGGGCGCUGUCCGUGUGGCGCCGGCGGCCGGAGACCCCGGGCCCGGCGCCUCAGCGGGCGAAACGGUGCUGCCAGACCUGCAGCAAAUCGACCCGCCGCAGACGACUGAGUCCCAGAUGGGGCACACGCUGGUGUCACCUCAGAGAACCAAGUCGGGUGCCCAGCUCGGCUCUCGGGCCACUGCAUCGCCGCGCCGCUCGGCCGCACACAGCCCCGGCGUGGGCUCGUCGCGCAUAUCGGUGUCGAGUUCACAGGUGACCGUCUCGGAACUGGACGAGCCGGCCUCUAUCCUGCCGCACCUUCCCGGCGAGACGCUACCGACGGUGGUAUCGCAGGCGUACGGGCAGCCGGUGAGCCUGGCGCAGCUGCGGCACGGCCAGUUCGUCAUGACCGACCACCUGCCGCCGGGUCACGUGAUCGUCUCGGAGCUGGCCAGCGGCCAGGAGGUGAUCGUGGCCGACAUGUCGCACAGUCAGCUGUACGAGCUGCAGCAGUCGCACGGUGAACAGCUGAUCGCCCAGCCGAUGGAGCUGUCCGCCGUCGAACACGAUGACGCGGCGGCGCAGCAGCUGCCCAGUCAGGACGGCCUGCUGUCGCAGCCGGUCGACCAGACGCCGCACCAUGUCGUCGUGUCACAGGCCGGUGGCGUCAACGAAGCGAGUAUCCAUAAAGUUGAUGUGGAGGAUGCAGACUGCCAACAGAGUACGGGCGACGACGGUACACGCCAAGAAGAGGAGGUUGUGGCGCCGGACCUAUCCCAUUCUGACGAGUUUAUCGGACCUGAUUCAGUACCUGAGGAAAAUAUGGAGAACUCCGCCAUGUCGGCUGUCAAUGAGGUGGAUGAUUCCGUAACUACUGAAGAUGUCGGUCAAUCUAAUACAGUUGCCACCGAAGAGGGCGACAUGACCAUCCAGCAUGAUCAGGACGCUGAUGCUGCGCCGGUCAUCAGUGGUGACAUCGCUGAGGAGAAUGUCAUCAUUGGUGACGCCGGCGAAGAGGUCUCUGUUUCCGAGGACCGCGCCGGUUUGGUUGUAGAGGAGUCCAUGGUCGACUGUGACCAGGACUCCCAGGAGCAUUCACAAAUAGACGACAGUGUGGUCAACUCUACACACGAAGAGACGGUCGUCUCCCAGACACAUGCAGAUUCAGAGGUAGACAUGAGUGUGGCCCACUUCCCUGCCACCGAAGAGAUCACUGUUUCGGAGGAGAAGAGAACUGAUGCAGAGAUGGAUGAAAGUGUGGCCAACUGUGCUCCCGGCGAAGGAAUAAGCGUUUCUGAAGAACCUGUCGAAUAUUCACAAAUAAACGAAAGCGUGGCCCACUACCCUGCCAACAAAGAGGUGCCCGCUUCCAGUGAACAGAGAUCGGAAGAAACUGUGUUAGAGAUAGAAAAUAGCUUCAUCCACUCUGAUCUGGGAGAUGAGACGACCGUUUCGCAGGGACACAUGUGCGAUGAAGUGGAUGAAAGCGUGGCCCACUACCCUGCCGAAAAAGAGCUGCCCGCCUCCAACGAAGAGAGAUCAGAAGAGACCGAGUUAGAGAUUGAGGACAGCCUCAUCCACUCUGAUCUCGGAGAUGAGACAGCCGUUUCUGAGAGACACAUGGGUCAUGGAGUGGACGAAAGCGUGGCCCACUACCCUGCCGAAAAACAGGAGGCUGCUUCCAACGAUCAGAGAUCAGAAGAGACAGUGUUAGAGGUAGAGGACAGCUUCAUGCAAUCUAAUCUCGGUGAUGAGACGACCGUUUCGGAAGGACACCUGGGUCAUGAGGUGGACGAAAGCGUGGCCCAUUACCCGGCAGGCGACGAGACUGUUGUGUCGGACCAACCAGCCGGCGAGCCGGAGUGUGUCGACGCUCAGAGGACUGCCGGAGCCGCCUCGCAAGGUGGGCAGCCGGGGGGCGGUACUGUACAGGCGUUGGAGGGGACUGGGGGUGCGGGCGGGGCGGGGGAGGCGGCAGUGGUACCGGACGCUGCCGCCGAGGUCGGACAGGCGGCCGACGAGGCGUCACCGGACGCCGUUUAGUGUGUGCUCGCCCGCUGUUGGACUGUCUGUUCUCCAGUGCAGUGGUGCUGGAGGUGGUACUAUCGGUGGAAGUGGUGCUCGCGCGCGCAGCAAGGCACAGCUGGGCGACAUGCGAGCUGCCAUUGUCCAGACCUUCGCCGUUUCAUGUUCAUCAAAAUCGGUUUCAUUUAUCCAGCAGCAGCUGUUCGCAUACACAGUUUUUGACGGGCUUGGAUUGUAAUGCAUUGUAUUGUGACAUCUGAGUUUACACGGUGGUCGUUUUAGUAGACGCUUUCAUAUAACCUUGUUAUUAGGGCGCCCCAAGGCAACCAACCAUCCCCUUACCAGACCGAUGCUUUGAUAGAUAUAGUUCAUAUAUAGAAAA